AUGCGCCCUAAGCGAGAAAGUUGGUCACCAUUGGACUUUUACGAGGCAGCCCACGUACCUGCCGCCGACGACCAGACGGCGCUCUCAAUCGAGAUUCCAGAACUUUCCGCAACUCUUUAUCCCUAUCAAAAGAAGACGAUUCAAUGGCUUCUCAAACGGGAGGGUGUUUGUUGGAACGUCUCCGGUCCUGAUUCUGUCUCCUCCAUCGAAGACCUACCGGCUCCUCAGGACGCCGAUGGUGCAUACAGUUUCCGGAAGGUUCGGGAUCCACUGGCAACCGGGAGGCCUUUAUAUGUCAGUCACCUGUAUCACGCUAUAACUACCGACCUUGCUCCUUUCCAGCAUGCUGAGCAGUCUGUCAGAGGCGGCAUUCUAGCUGAGGAGAUGGGUCUUGGCAAAACGAUCGAAAUUAUUGGCCUCAUUACGCUCCAUCGUCGGUCACUCACCGAGAAAGUUGUGUACACGGGGGAAGGCGAAGAGCUCCUCACGACUGGCGCCACCCUCAUUGUUACGCCGGACUCGUUGCGACAGCAAUGGAUGGAAGAACUCGAGCGGCAUGCACCUCACCUGAAGGUCAGAUACUACCCUGGACGCAAACAUGUCAAGACCGACGCCGAGGAGGAGCUUCGAGUCGACUUGGCUUCCCAAGACGUCGUUAUCACAACCUACCCUAUCCUAUCGGCAGAAGUGCACUUCGCAAUGAAGCCCCCCGAGAGAUCUCGUCGUCAAGAAAGAAAGUACGAACGUCUAGAGUCCCCACUGACGAAGAUCUCAUGGUGGCGAGUCUGCCUCGACGAGGCGCAGAUGAUUGAAAGCGGGGUCACUGGCGCAGCAGCCGUCGCCAGGGUGCUUCCUCGAAUCAAUGCCUGGGGCGUCACCGGGACACCAGUGAAAAACGACGUCAAGGACCUGUACGGUCUGCUCGAAUUCUUGCGUUACGAACCCUAUGCCUCGUCAGCACAGGUUUGGAGAGCUUUGACAGAGUCACACAAAACGCUCUUCCGCUCUCUCUUUGAAAGCAUCGCUCUGCGUCACACCAAGCAGUUGGUCAGACACGAAAUUGCGGUACCGCCACAAAAGCGAUUCGUGAUCACAUUGCCGUUUACUGCCGUGGAGGAGCAGUAUUACGGCGAGAUGUUCAAGAAGAUGGCCCGGCGUUGCGGUAUGAAUACUCUCGGCGCCCCGUUGCAGACCAAAUGGACGCUGGAGGAUUAUGAGAAUGAGAUGCGGACUUGGCUCAACCGACUGAGACAGUCAGCCCUCCAUCCCGAAAUCGUCCAAAGGCGAACCACUGGUCGCAAAGUCGGCCCCAUGCGCACAGUUGAAGAAGUCCUGGAUGCGAUGAUCGAGCAGAGUGACAAUGAUAUCCGAAACGAUCACAGGGCGUACUUACAGACUAGACUCACGCAUGGCCAGAUGCUCGAAAACAGCCCCAGGGUCAAGGAAGCUCUCGAAAUAUGGGAAACAGUGAAGGAGAGUGCCGCAGUCCUCGUCGUGGAAUGCCGGCAAGAGCUCAAGCUGGUGCUGGAAGAGCUCUCUGCCAUGGGCAAGAGUGCAGCCUCCGUCUCGGCACUCAGUACUCGAGAUGACGCCUCUGCUUCGGUUUACGACGACGAAGGUGAGGCGGAUGAUGGUACAAGCAAUCCUCGCGUCGGCGAGGCUCGGGCGAAGUUGCGACACGCUUUGGAAGUUCUGCACAAAGCUACAUUCUUCUGUGCCAAUGCUAUCUUCCAGAUCAAGUCCAACAGUGACAUGACCGAACCCGAUUCAGACGAGUUCAAAAAGCUUCAACAACUGGAAGAUGCAGAAUACGGGAAGGCCCAGGAUAUUCGACGAGAAAUCCUGUCGGAUGGUCACGACAGAGCAAUGUCACUGAUCGAAAAAUUGGGACGACAAGCCCACAAUCAGACGUUUGUCGAGAUCCCAGAACUUGUCUAUACUGAGAUGAAAGGACUAGAAAGUGGCCCGCCGCUUGAAAUGCUCGAAAGGCUCCACGGCAUUCUGAACGAACAAGCAAAUCGCAUCGAUGAGUGGAGAGAGACUGUUAUCCAACUGCUUUGCCAGGCACUGAUUGACCAAGAAUCAGAGGUUGAGGUCACCGGCGAGGAGUUCAUGGAUUCCACCAAGAUCCAGGAGGAACUGAUUGUUCACGUGCAAGUCUUGCGUGCCGCCAUCGCCGACCGCCAGGAAGCCAUCUCAGGACUUGAGAAUCAACUGAUCAAACACGAGACGCGAGUCUCGCUUGCCGCGGCUGAGAAUGGCGACGGCCCAGCCCCGGAGAAACUCCUUGCCCUUUACCGCCUCCGGGACGAGGUAAAGCCUUCUCCAGACGAUUAUGGGUCUCUUCGUCGCGUCGUUUCGGAUCUUCGAGCCGUCGCCUCGCGAUUGCCAAAAGACGGCACUGGCGGACGGGCAAGCACCGAGGGUGAGAUUGUGCACCGGCAUAUCAGAGCCACGCAAGCACAUAUCACCUCUCAAACCAAGGUUGCUACGGCUCUGGAACGCGAAGUUGACCGCUUCACGAGUGCUAUGAACGCCAGGGUUGAAUACUAUCGGCAGUUGCAGGCUGUAUCUGAUAGCGUCGCUCCUUAUGAGGGCCCUAAUGACGACCAGGCUAUAGCAGCCUGUGUUACGAGUGAGGAGAGACAUCAAAUUAAGCUCGGCUCCGCCAAGGCGAAGCAUCGAUACUUGCUUAACCUCAAGAAAGAAGGAGGCCAGUCUAACGAACCUCGGUGGUGCAUCAUUUGUCAAACAUACUUCACGACGGGUAUACUGACGAUUUGCGGCCACGAGUUCUGCAGAGAUUGCUUGAAGCACUGGUAUCGAGCACACCAUAACUGUCCCAUGUGCAAAAGGAAGCUCCGGCCCACCGAGCUCCAUGACAUUACCCUCAAACCCAGAGAGCUCAAACUGCACGAGGACAGCUUGCACGCAGAUACGGCAACUGGCAUGUUGCCUGAAGCGAACAAGAACCAGGUCGCUAGGACCAGUGGCAUCUAUUCUCAUUUCAGCGCCGACAAGCUUGCUCAGAUCAACGAUAUCGAACUGGCCUCCUUGUCAUUCGGAACGAAGAUUGACACGCUCGUACGGCACAUUCUCUGGCUGAGAGAAUCAGACCCUGGAGCAAAGUCUAUUAUCUUUACCCAAUUCAGGAGCUUCUUGGAGAUUCUAGGCGCCGCAUUCGAUCUCUACAAGAUUGGGUUUUCCACCAUUGACCGGCCAAACGGGAUCACGAGGUUUAAAGGAGAUCCAGGCAUCGAGUGCUUCAUGCUCCACGGCCGGGCCAACUCGAGUGGUCUCAACCUUGUCAAUGCGAGCCAUGUCUUUCUGUGCGAGCCGCUGCUGAACACAGCGCUCGAGCUUCAGGCGAUCGCUCGAGUUGACAGAAUCGGCCAGAAAAACGAGACGACAGUCUGGUUAUAUCUGAUUGAGGGCUCGGUGGAAGAGUCCAUCUACAACCUGUCAGUCAAGCGACGCAUCGAUCACAUGGGCCAGAGUUCCAAAGCCAAGUCCAAGGACUCCACCCCAGAGAUCCAAGAGCCUACUUUGGAGGCUGCGAAUACUCUUGAGCUGGAGCAGGCUUCUUUGAACCGUUUGAUGAGCAGAGACAAGAACGCUGGCGAAGCGGUCGCCGCGGAAGACCUCUGGGAAUGCCUGUUUGGGCAGGUGUCGCAGCGAAUCACAGCGGACGUUACGGAUGGGAUCAUUGAGGAAGACGAUGUGUGA